UGAGACCAAAAAUAAUAAACUUUUCCUUCAAAGUGAGACAAACUUUUGUUUUUCAUAAUUUUUUUCGCAUCAUCCGACAUUCACAUAUGGUUUUUUAAGUAAAAUGUCGAAUUUAAUUCUUUUGCUCUUGAUUUCAAUCAACUUUGUUGCAUCGCAGCAAAUGUUCAGGAAUCCGAUAUUAGAUCGAAAUUCAGCGGAUCCUACGAUCCUUCGGCUUGGCGAUUUUUACUACUUGACCUUGUCGGAGAAUACAGAACGUAACCUCACCGUGUACAAAAGCUCCCUAUUAACGAGUUUUCGAGAAGCAGAAAGCAUUGUAGCGUACUCCACCCUUGAAGGAUUUUCUGACCUUUGGGCCAGCGAGAUGCAUGUCGUGGAUGGCGACUUGUACAUAUAUUUUACGAUGACUGGAGGAGGAAAGGACCAUCGGAUGUAUGUCAUCAAGGCGGACGACCCCACAAACCCCAUGGGGAACUGGAGUGAUUCCAUCAGAUUAAUGCCAGACUGGGACUUUGCUGCAAUCGACGGCACUAUUUUUAAUCAUGGCAAUGGCCGACGCUAUUUCGUAUUCGCCACGUGGGCAUUCGGCCCAUUAACAAUUUACAUAGCUCCAAUGAAUUCUCCAACACAGGUUGGGUUCCCAAAGAUAGAGUUGAAACGCCCCACGGAGGAAUGGGAAUGUUACGAAGGGUGUGUCAAGGAGGGUCCGUUCUUCAUCUUUAAGAACAAUGUGUCGUUCUGUGUAUACUCGGUAUCCUCCACGUGGGGACCUAAUUACGCGUUGGCAAUGAUGAAUAUUUCGUACGAAUUGGAUCCCAUGACCGUGUCCAAUUGGCAGAUGCCUGAUGGACCUAUAUUCUAUAGGAAUGAUGAAGAAGAAGUUUACACCACUGGGCAUGCCGCAUUUACAGUUUCUCCAGAUGGAUCAGAAACUUGGAUGGUGUAUCAUGGGACAACAACCACGACAAAUAUUGAAGGGCAUCGAAUUGCGAGAAUUGAGAAAAUUGACUGGAGUGAAGACGGUCGCCCAAUUUUCCCGAGACCACACGGCUACAACCAUUCGCAAGCAGUCCCCAGUGGACAAGUCGUUUAAAUUUGCCGUGAAUAGCAUAACUUAGAAUGAAAAAUAAUUGAAAUUAGUUCAAUAUUAAAUUCAUCCGCGAUUAACAUAAUUCCCAAUAAAAUGGUGUAUCAUGAACCUAUAUGUAAAAUCCUACUUUACAAAGCGAUAACGUAAAUGGAUACACGACGAUCAGUAAUUAAUUAUUAAACAAGACUGGCCACGUAUAUUAUACAAAUAAAAUAAUGAGGGAGGUGCCAUUCAUGACAAAUAAAAUUGCCACAUGCUGUUAACUGUGUCAAGUGGUAUAAUGUAAA